AUGGGCGGUGUAGAUUUGAGGCUGAGGAGCAGCAAACAACUAACCGAUUGUCUCCUUCCUCAACAGUUGAGAAAACCAGUGGUGGAGAAGAUGCGCAGAGAUCGCAUCAACAACUGCAUCGAGCAGCUCAAAUCCAUGCUGGAGAAGGAGUUCCACCAGCAGGAUCCAAACACCAAGCUGGAGAAAGCUGACAUCCUGGAGAUGACGGUGGUUUUUAUGAAACAGCAGCUGCAGCCCAAGACCUCGGCUCCACAGAAAGCCCACUUUGACGGCUAUUCCCAGUGCUGGAGGGAGACCAUGAGCUUCUUAUCUGGAAACUCCAAGGUGGACGCUGUACGUCAGCAUCUGAACCACUGCCAGGAAGGCCAGAGAUCAUCUAAAGGCCUCGUUCACGUGUCUCCAGCUUCCCAUCAGCCCAUCAAGGUGAAGCAGGAACCGUGUGCUCGCAGACCUCUCUGGAGACCCUGGUAGAUGAUGAAAGACUUUGACAGAAAAACUAGAUGGUGGUUUUACCAUCUCUUAUAUUGUAGGAGAUACACAUUUCCAUUUCUAUGUUCAUUUCAAUUGCUUCAUAUUGAAGUUUCAACUGUUUUAUUCUUAAUAAGAUUUGUAAGACAUUUGCCUUGAAUUUCUCUAGAGGCUUUUUUUUCUAAUCCUAAUGUUGUUUGGCUUGCAAACAGUGAGUUUGCUCUGAAUCAGAGCUCUUUGUAUGGUCCUGAUUGAUGUUCAUUUGAUACAGACUUUUGUAAAGGCUACAGAAAAACAAUAUUUGUUCUUAUGAUGGCAUUCUGGUGCAUUAAAACAUUGUGGACACUGUGUGUCUGACACUGCAUUUAAU